GGUCUCGAAAGCAGUAGAAUUUAUCGUUGCCUCCCUCUGUAUCCCUCUAUCGCCCCCCGUAUAAACGGUCACCAAAUUUGAAUCAAAUCACAGUUCAAAAAUUUUUUUUUGAAUCAAAUCGAUUGAAAACAAAAGCGGAGAGUUGAAAACAAGAGGGGAGAGAAAUCUGUGAGUUUCUUUAGAGUUUUACUGGGUUUGUGGACCGAGUUUGUGCCGAUUAACUGAGUCAUUCGGAUUUGGGUGGAACGGAUUGGAAGGAAUUUUCUGUUUCUGUCAAUAAUCUUCUGCGUCCUUUUAAAAGUAGUGAUUGGCCUUUGCUUCAGCGAAAGUUGGAAAAUAUGCAUCCUAUUCACCGGUGCAUGGAUUCAUUUCCCCACCAGCAAAAUCAAAUGCCCUACCCACAACAUUAUUAUCCAAUCUUUGAAGCUAUUCCUCCUCCAAUGAAGGUGGAUGCAUCCAGAUCUCCCUCACCAUAUGAAACCUGGCCUUAUGAUGGUAACUAUGGCCACUCAGUUCCAGUGGGAUGUCACAGCUGCUGCAACCACCACAAUUUUCUUGGUUACUGUGGUUUUAAACCUCCAUAUCCUUAUUAUCUACCGCCUCAACAGUUUCCCUAUCAUGGAGGUUAUCCUUCGUUCCCAGAAGCUUAUCCUGUUCACUAUGUUCAUCCGCCAAACUACUCAAUGGGUCAGCCAAGGUCUGAGUUUGACAAGAAUGUGGCUGGGGAUAAUCACUGUUGCGGUUUCCCUAAUCACCUUUGUUGUAGGAAGGAAGAUAGAGACAUGAAGAUUGAAGAACAUGAACCACAGCUUGAAAAGGGAACUAGUGGUGGAACGACAACCAGUAGUUCUUUGGUUCCUGUUGAUUUUAAGAAUCAAGGAUAUCCAGUUGUGUGGAUUCCACCUGGGUACUUGAACGGAGAGGGAAAAAAUCUCACUCCGCCGAGGUUGAAGGGCAGGGAUGACUAUCCUUGUGACACGAAGGCAGAUGAAAAUUUGAAGCCUCCUGAAAAGGAGCCUAGUGUCCGCAAUGGGUGGUUUCCCUUUGAUGUCAACAACUUUGGGUCUCUGAAUCAUGGUGGAUAUGGAAAGAAAACUCAAAAACAGCCGAACGAGGACAAAAAUCAAUUCCCACUUCCUAUCUUUUGGAUGCCCUACAAACCUCAAGAAGAAGAAAAAGGAGACCAUCAAGAGGCAAAUACCAGUCGGGUAUCUGAUGAAAAAUCUCCUCCUAAUUUAAGGCCUGCUUCUGCUCAUUUCCCUGGCUGUGAUCACAACACGAGCCAACCUAGAGCAAGCGAAGGAGGUGAGGGUGGUUCAAAGUCAAUGGAAAAAAAACAUACCACUAAGAAAAUAAUUCCCGUGAAGCAACUGGAAGAGCAUGUGGAGAAGACAAAAACAGGCGGAGAUGAUGCGAAAGCCCAAUGUGCUGUUGUGAAUGAGAAAGAAGAAAGCAAAGAAAAGAAGCCUUCUGAAAAUGGUACUAUAGGACAGUCUUCCUCUCCACCAAAGGUGUCCAAGCUACCUCCUGUUUGUUUGAGAGUCGACCCCUUACCAAAGAGGAAAAAUGGUAGUAGCGGCAGUUCGAGGUCUCCUAGUCCUAUCGGUCAUAAAAAGAGAAAAGAGGUUGAGGUAGGGGAUGGUAGAGCCAGGCAAGACAGUGGUGAAGAUGGCAAAUUUUGGAGUCAGCCUCAAGUUGUUACUCUUCCGGUUGAUUCUCAAAAGGAGGUUUUAACAAGCCCGAGCAAAGAGGAGAGGAAAUCUGGGGGUGUAAACAAACCAAAAGCUGAAAUGGUUAAAGAAGAAUCAUGUGAUAGUCAAUUGCUGACCCGGGAGGACAAAAGAGAAACUAGGGCUAAAGAGGACAAACCUGAGGAAGUAAAGAAAGUAGAAAGGAUGAAGUUGUCAGAGGUGGAAGCAGCCGUGAUUAUUCAAUCUGUGUAUCGUGGAUUUGAGGUGAGGAGAUGGGAAUUGUUGAAGAAAAUGAAGAAACUAGUUAAAGUGAGGGAGCAGGUGGCUGAGAUUAGAAGGUGCGUUGAAGCUCUUAAGUCUUCCUCUAAUAUCAGCAGUGACAAAAAGCAAAAGGUGGUUAUUGGAGAAACCAUAAUGAGCCUUCUGCUUGAACUUGAUACCAUUCAGGGCAUACACCCAUCAGUCAGGGACUUUAGGAAAUCCGUGGCGAAGGAGCUUGUUAGGUUGCAGGAGAAGCUUGAUUCUCUAAUUUCAAAAACAUCUCAAGUGCCAACUUCUGAAACCACAGAAGAUCUUUGCAUGAACGCUCAUCAGGGUAUUACUGUUCAAGGAGAACAAAAAGUGGCAGAGGUUGGACUUGGAAACAUCAUUGGUGAGAGUAACCAGGGUAAUAAUCCUGGAUCUCUGGAGCCUUGUCGAGGUCAGGUUUCUCAUGUCAAAAAAUUAACACCCGACUCCCAGUUUGUGGAAACUUCAGAUCUAAAGUCGUAUGAGAAAGAAGUAUGCAAUGAGCCUCAAGGCAAUAUCUCAAAUGCAGAGGUAGAAGAAGAGGCAGUCAAUAAACUAGAAGAUGGGAUGAACACUGAAGUGCUUGAUCAUGGUCAAGUGAGGAUAUUGGAAACUCAAGCCAGGGAUCUAGAGCUCAAGCCUCUUGCCAAACCACUUCCAUUUGAAGGGGAAGUUGACUCUACAGAAGAGGUGAAACUACCCUCUUGUCUUGGUGACCAAUCAGCAGAAUUACUGGAAAUGUCCGAUCAGGCAUUUCCCAUUGAAGAGUUUCGGGAGAAUGAGGAGAAUACAACAGGGAAAUCUGGGAUCAUACAAGGAGGUGAAGUUGAAGCUCCUCUGGAUGCUGAAAUUGGGGAUGCAAAUCUACUCAAGGAAGAGAAAGUAGUUGCAGAUGUGGAGGAUGGGGGAAGAGAGGAAGCUUUGGAAUUCUAUGAGGAUGUGGCAGUUACACAAGCAAAACUUCUGGGGCAAAAACGAGGAGAAGAUAUUAGUCAUGUCGUUGAUCACGUGGAAAUGAAUAAGGGAGAGGAUGAGGUCAUCAGAGUAAAGGAGGGUGGACCACUUGACAAUACCUGGAUUGAAGUAGAGGAGGAGCGGCCUGUGCAAACACAAGGAGAAGGAAGUAAUGUUGAUGACAUGUUGAAUACAUCUGAACAGCAGGAGCCAGAGGUUUUACUUCCACAUAAGGAAAUGCAUGAUGCAGAAGGUUCUAGACCAAAGGAAGCACUUCCGGAGCUCUUGCCUUCACAAAAUGAAAUUCAAGGCGGAGAACGGAAGGAUGCUGGCAAUUCUUGGGAAGAAAAAGAAGUGCCUAUUGAGGUAAUUGACGAAUGUAAUAAGGAAAUAACUACCGGAGAAGAAAAUCAAGGGAUGGUGGAGGUUGGACAUGAGCCUGAGGGGCUAGAGUCAAUCCAUGGGGAUGAUAGAGUAAUUGAAGCGCAUUUUGCUCCAGGUGGUGCUGAUGGACAUGUAGCCGGAGGAGAACACAUCCCUAUGUCACCAACAGCCUUAAGUCAGGUCUCUGUGGUAAGUGGAAUGGAGUCAGAAAAUCACAAAUUACUUGAAGAAAAUGAGAAGUUGAGAGAGAUGAUGGAGAAGCUAAUUGAAACAGGGAGAGAGCAGAUAACAGCCAUAUCUAACCUCUCCGAUAGAGUGAAGGUUUUGGAGAAAAAAUUGGCAAGGAAAAGGAAAUUACGGACAAGGCGAGUCAGGGCUGGAUCUCUAUGUGGUAAACCAUCGACUGAUGAGCUAGAAGGGAGGGCACAUGGAGUUGCAGUGUGAGAGGAGCAAGUAAUGCGCCUUCGCGAAUCGAAAUAGAGUUAGAUUUACUUGAGUGAUAAAUAAUGUGCAGCUGUAUCUGUUUGUAAAUCUUGAGUGGCAUCGAUUCUCCUUGUGUCUGGAGUUGUGAACUGUCUUGUAAUUUGUAUCCCUAAUAAUGCAAGUUCUUCUGUUCUUUUGGGUA